CCUGUGAAAUAUCAAAGAAAAUAUUUAUUGAAAGCUAUUCAAAUUGACUUGAAAUAAUCGUACAUUGUACUCCCAUCGCGUGGCGACAUAUACUUUUUCACGAAAAUUCAGCCAACGGUUAUAAAAAAACAUCCAUACCCCUAGGGGGAAAUCACUCUAAACGUUGGACUAAAAUAAAUUAGUGAACUUUUUUAUUCCCAAAAUAAUCUCGACUAGUUUUAGCUAAUCUUGAAUAAUCCUACCUAUAGUUUUCAAUAGUCUUGGUUUAGAUAGCAGCUGUCACUUCGACCCAUUACGCACUGCUGUUGUAAGGAAUUCUCUUUCCGGAAGAAGCUGCCCUGGGGUUAAUAUUUCCUUCGGACCGAAGCAACAUUGCUAACAUCAAUCUGAUCAGUCUAAUUCAAAAUUGGAAUCGAUUUAUCCUACACCAGAUGCACUAAGAACUGUUGGAGGCUAUGAAGAAGGAAUGUUUUAUCCCCCACGAUACGGUUAGUGGUAUACGAAGAAUCUACUAUCCGUUUCACCCCGACCGUUCGUUCCGGGGGGCGUAGAUGCACAUGCAACACCCGGAAGAAUGUCAGGAAUGCUUGGACAGCGAAGUUCAACAGUAUGACGCUAGCUAUGAAAAGUUUCAAUUCUUAGUGAUUACCAUCCGACGUUGGCAGCCGAAACUGAUAUCUAUGCUGAGAUGGUAAAAGAAGCAUAACCUACUCGUAGUAACAAGGAUGAAACGGAAAUCAAUCCCCUGUUCGGCACUCAACAAACGUUGCCAACGAUCUCUACACCUUGGAAAAGCGUGGCGAUGACGAGUUCGGUGAUGGAACAGCGGAAAAACCCUUCAAAACAAUCCUACAAGCCAUGAAGCACGCCGGCAAGGAACCUUUCCCAAGAAUUUAUGUAAACGCUAAGGAUGCAAAAUCGGAAUAACCCUACGAACUAGUAGCCAAAUCUCAGCUCAAGAAAAUUCUUGAAAAGCGUUCUCAGCGAUACCUUGUGUCAGAGGUUCCAGAAGGUAAGUCCGCUCCCGGUGGACAUGAGCUGCACGUUGAUUAUUGGUAGCUAAUUGGAUUAGCUCCGGCCGGUGGGGCAGAUUCUAUUUUGAACGAGGAUGCUUAUCCUGAUGUCUAGCUCGAUAACAGACACAUUAUGAUUAGAGGCGAAAAUACUUCUAAGAUUCUCAAGAUGAGAGAUGUCAUUAUGAUGGCAUUUAGGGAGCAUUAUCAUGAACGUGGUUACACGGAGGUAACGCCGCCGACGCUGGUGCAAACACAAGUUGAAGGAGGGUCGACUCUGUUCAAACUGGACUAUUUUAGGGCGGAAGCAUUCCUGACGCAAAGCUCACAAAAAUAUAUGGAAACCUGUUUGCCGGCAUUGGGCGACUAUUGCAUUUCUCAAAGUUACCGUGCAGAGCAGAGUCUUGCUCGCCGUGAUUUAGCAGAAUACAGUUAUAUUGAGGGUGAAUGUCCCUUUAUUACUUUCAAAGAGCUACUUGAUCGGCUGGAAGAUUUGAUAGUAGAUGUUGUCGAUCGAGUAUUGAAAUCUCCGUGGGGUCAUCUUAACCCGAAUUUUAUGCCACCGAACUAUGUCGAUGCUAUUGACUGGCUAAAGGAGAACAACGUCACCAAGAAUGAUGGAACUUUUUAUGAGUUUGGCGAUGAUAUUCCGGAGGGUCCGGAACGAAAAAUGACGGAGCAAAUAAACGAACCAAUAAUGCUGUGCCGGUUUCCCGCGAAAAUUAAAUCAUUUUACAUGUCUAGAUGUGAAGACGAUCGCCGAUUAAUUGUCGGAGGUCGAUUUCUCUGAACAGUAUUACUAAAAAGCUAGAAAUUGACAC